AUGGCUUUAUGGCAACGCAAUAAUUAUGAUAUUAGACAGUUUGGUACCACCGUUCAAAUCCCAAAUAAUUGUAUUGCUAAAUUGCAAUAUUAUUUAGAUUGUAUAAUGACGGUCAUUGAUUAUACUGAUCAAGAUCUAAGUCGAUUGCGUGCAUAUCGUUGUUCAACUACUGCAACGGCUUAUCUGACUCCAACAGAAAUCCGACUUUUGUACAUUCUAUGUGCAACAUUUAGUCCAGAUGAAUUUGAAAACAAAUGUUUGUUUGAGAGUGAUCGAAUUGAUAGCAAUAAUGAAUUUUUUGAAUUAUCUCAUACACAAAAUAAUUUACUGGUAGUGAGUAGUGUGUCUGUUGCUGGUAGACAACGACAAGUAAAAAAAUUUAUGCUCUAUAAAGAACAAUGGAUGAGAAAUAAUUAUUAUCAACCAAUGUUACAAUUGACUGUUAUAAUGAGAUCGACACAACAAAACUCGGCAAGACCAUCAACCGCUACUGCUCGAUAUAAUAAUACAAGUGAAGCAUGUACAAUUUCAUAG